UUCCGAUGACAGGAUCCCUUUAACUAUACUACAAAGACUUUCUUUUGCCACGGUUUUUUUUCAUAUUUUAUAGAAUAAAUGGUGAUUGAGGAAGCAGUGGUUUUGGCAAUUCCUUUUGUUGCAAAAUUAAGAUGAAAGCUAAGGAUUUCUAUUCCGCUAUACUAGGGUUGCUAGGUCAAGCAGGACAGAAAUACCAAUACAGGAUGACGACUUCGGUUAAAUGUAAUUACAGACUCAUUGCUUAUAAAUGUAAUUUCAUAUUCUGGAAUGAGGUGUAUUAACCAUAAUCUCCACGUUGUCAUUUAAUCCUACAGUGCCUGUCUCAAAUGUAAUGAAAUUUAGGAUUCAAAUGUAAAAUAUCAAUCUGUAUAAUAAAUAGGUCUUUAGGUUCCAUUUACAUUCUGAAUCAAUUCCUGAGCCCAAAGCCCCAAUGUUCCUUGGAAGCCAUGGAUAUUAAACAUAAUAAUCAAAGUCCUGGGUCUGGAAUGUAAGUGAUAUGGAUAGUGGUUCCAGCCUUUGCAUUCCAGAAUAUAUUUCAGAAAACACCAUCAGGGCCUGUAACAAAAAACAUGGCAACUGAACCCUCCCAAAUUAAAUGAUCCUGGUUGUACUGCUCAAGUGUGGACUGUCGAGUGAGCUUGAAAAUUGCAUCUUAAAUUACCGUAUAGGAGCAUUUAUCUAUGUGGCAUUUUCUUUUAUUGCCUAACCGUUAUUGAAGCUUGAUAACUAGUAGCUUUGACUGGUUCCAUCAUGUUUAAUAACUGUUGAUUUGGCAAAAGUUUCAACAAUGUCACUUGGGACUUCAGAGGAAUAAAUGGUUUCUUUGCCAUUGUCAGAAUUUGCCCCUAUUUUAUAGGGUUUGAGACCUUUGCUAUUGAUUUUAAGAUGAACAAUUAUUUGCAAGAGGUCAAAUAAAUGUGUUGCGAAUCUUCUCUAAUAAACAUGUUUCUGCUCCCAUUUAGGGCAUCACAAAUCCCUUUGCUGACUAUCUUUUAUGGUCUGUAAAAGAUAUGUUUUUUUUUUUUUAAAAAAUGUUUAAAGCACUUGCAGUUGUUUAUAGCACCAUGUCCUCUUGGGCGCUUUCUUCUCCUGGAAUUCUUCAGCCUAUUGUGUGUGGCCAAAUUAUACAGUGUUGUACUGGAUUCAGUGGGUUAGUCAUGUUUAAGACUAUUGUAACUUUACUACUUAAGUUUUUAUUUUUUCUUCUCCAGUGCUUUUUGAUUUAGGGUUGACGUAGAAGAUUUUGACAUUUUUAGGGAGAAAUAUAUUGAUCAAAACAACCUCAAUAAUUGUGGGCUCUCUUCCAGUGAACAGGUUUAGGAGGUGACGUGAGCCCCAUCUUUGAAGGAAUAAAUAAGUAAUUAUUGUUUUGUCCAUGUUGUCCAGCAGUGGUUUCAGCUAUGACUUCCAGCAAACACCGACCGAAGAGGAGGAGGUCAAAAUAUGGUCGUAAAUGAGCAGGUCACUGGAUUAAUAUCCGAAGUUUUUACCUGUUCACCCUAAACAUAAACCACCAGCCAGCAUGUUUGCUGACAGUACGAGAAAGGAAGCCAUACAGGAAAGCCAAGUGUAUAUAACCCUUUAUGCGCCACCGGGCGAAAAGUUCUAAAGUACCGGCACCAAGAUGAACUGUCGGUGGAGAAUUGGGAAUCUCCACCAGAUACAAUUAAGUUUGAUCUCUGCUCGUUGCCUGUCCUGGGACAAGAGGAACAUGGGGCGCUAGAAGGAGCUUCUGUAGAAAGGUGCAGCCAAUUGAAGGGUUUGCAUCCAAAUGAAGGGACAUAAACUGUGUUUCAGUUUUAAUUGCUGGUUGCCAUUGAUUUAUAGGACCAGAUAACAUUUACCCAGACCCCACACAUACACAGGAUAACCUCAUGCUCUUUUAGCAAAGCUGGUAUCGUAAAUUUUGUCUGCACAGGGGGUCUCCACUACGUUGGCUGAAACAUGAUGGAGACUCAGCCGGCGUCCGUUCCAUGUGUACUACCCCAAGAUGUAUAUGAAUUCAGUGAAGACCGAGAGUCCCUUGGGAGAUUAAGAGUCUCUGAGAUGCCAGCGGAGUUGAAUGGUGGUGGUGAUGGCAGCAAAGGUGACGGCGCAGCUGUCGUUGCCACUGAAGUUUCACAGCAAUCCAAUAAAAAAAGGAAGCGCUGUGGGGUUUGUGUGCCAUGUCUGAGAAAGGAACCAUGUGGAACCUGUUACAACUGUGUGAACCGGAGUACCAGCCACCAGAUAUGCAAGAUGCGAAAAUGCGAGCAACUCAAAAAGAAAAGAGUGGUCCCCAUGAAAGGAGUGGAGGCUGUAGAUAAGGACGACGCCAAGAAUCAGGCAAAAGAACAAGUGCCCAGUGUGAAGAACUGUUCUGAAAGCAUUUUAGUUGAUGGACCCAAAACAGACCAAAUGGAAGCAGGGCCAGUUAACCAUGUUCAAGAAGGAAGGUUGAAGCAGGAAUGUGACUCUACCCUCCCAAGUAAAGGAAGUGAGGAUCUAGCAAAUCAGUUAUUAAUGGAAGCUAAUUCGUGGCUUAGCAAUACAGCUGCUCCUCAGGAUCCCUGCAACAAGCUCAACUGGGAUAAACCCAUCAUUCCCAACCAUAUUGCUGCUAAUAACAAUUCAAACCUAGAAGAUGCCAAAAACUUAGUUGCAUUCUCUGCUGUGGCUGAGGCUAUGUCUAACUAUGGCAUGCCUGCAUCAGGGACCCCCUCUUCAAUAUCAAUGCAGCUAUAUGAAAAGUUUAAUUAUGAGACAAACCAAGACAACUCUGGGCACUCAGAAGGCAAUGCUCCCUCAUGUCCCGAAGACCUAAACACUCUAAAAGAAGCCCUUGCACUUGCAAAGCAUGGUGUAAAACCACCUAACUGUAACUGUGAUGGCCCUGAGUGUCCUGACUAUCUUGAAUGGUUGGAAAAUAAAAUAAAAUCUACAGGUAAAGGUUCUCAGGAGAGCCCAUUCCCCAGUCUAGGUCAGGUCAGUAAAAAGCUGGUGCAAAAAUCAUACCAUAAAGAACAGGUGCUAAAUCUAGAAAAUACAAAUGUAACAUGUCCUUCAGGCAACCUUCCAUUUUCUCAAAAUGCACUGAGUCUUGCUAAAGAAAAGAAUAUAAGUCUACAAACGGCCAUUGCCAUUGAAGCUCUUACACAACUAUCAUCUGCACUUCCACAGACAAACAAUGAAUACCCCAAUGCUCCUUCCCAACCCUUAAUAAACCAUAAUGAUCAGUUAACUCAUUUUCCCACUGCUAAAGGCAACCAGUUACCUAUGUUACCCCUAUCCUGCAAUGAACUGUUCCAGAAUCAGCAGGCCCAAUUAUACACUGGCAAAAAUGCACUUCCUGUGCCCCAAUCUCCAAGGCAAGCCUCUUGGGAACAGAACAAGAAACCAGGUUACCAAGAAUCAGAAUACAUUCCUGAGAACUUAUCUCAAAGUUCUUCUGUGUUGCCCAGUGAUGCUUCUACCCCACAAAAAAAAGAAUUCCUUCAGCAGUGGGUCCAAAAUGCUGAUCUUUUGAAGUCUCCAUCUGAUCCUAUGACAGGGUUGAAGCAAUUGCUUGGGAACACAGAUGAGUACAUCAAGUCUGCAUUUAAAGGGCCAGAAGGUUUGUCCAAGAAAAUAAAAAAUGUGAAGUCUAAACAUACCAUUAAAUCCAUUAAAAAAGAAUCUGCUGACUUCACCAAAAUGUCACCAGAUCAACAGCUGUCUCAGCUUCUUCAAGGAAAUGACUUUCAUCGUAAUACCCAGGCUGCACUUCAGCAGCAUCUCCACCAUAAACGUAAUCUUUUUGUGGACUCAAACACUAUGGAAGCAUGUACCCAAGAACAGCAAAACUGGUGGGUGCCGAAUUCUCAACAAGCUCCAGUUUCCAAGACAACAGAGAAGCCUGUUAAGGAGAGGAAGAAACGGCGACAAUCUCCUUCACAAAAGCAAGUGGAACCAAAACCCAAACCACCACGCAAGCAAGUGCAAAUAAAAAAACCCAGGGUUAAGGAAGGAAAUGCAGUCUUCAUGCCUGUGAGUCAAAUAAGCCUGGAUUCUUUUCGCAGAGUGGAAAAAGAAGAGAACCAAGUGAAAGAAUUGGAUCUUGAAAACUCUCUUCCUAUUAACGUACAACCAGACCUACUUGGGUCCCAGUCUAUACAGCUGACUGGAUCACAGGCAAAUCUUGAAAAUCAAAAGACUGUAAACACUCAGGAAACGUGCAAUGAAAAUCAGACUAGCAUUGGAAAAGCCAAUAACUUUGCACUUUGUGUUAAUAAGACUAAUUCUCUUGUUGCAAAAGGUCGAUGUCCAACACCUUCCACAGGUGAUUCCAGCUCUGGACAAGGUGAUUCUGCCAACCAGCACACAAACUUGACUGAUGUUCCCGGGCAAAAUGACCUUAGCUGCAUUGAUGACAAGUUUGAAGAUCUCAUAAAGCAGUUUGCAGCUGAGUUUGGGGAGGAUUUCUCUCUUCCAGGUUCUGAGGUCCCCUCUCAGAAUGGCGAAAGACCACCAAAACAACAAACAUCAGGAGUUCCACAGUUUAAAAUGCCGUUUCCUUCCCAGUUACCAUCUGAGAAUGCCACCCAUUCCAAUCCUGCACUUUCAAAUAAUCUUUUAACACAUAAUGCGUCUCAUAAGUUUGAUAGUCUGUUCUCAUCAAAGUCUCCCAAGCAGAUAAAAAUCGAAUCUUCUGGUGCUAUAACAGUGGUGUCUACCACAUGCUCCUACUCAGAGGAAAACCAACAUCUUGAUGGAACUCCUACAAAAAGUGAACUGCCUUUCAAUCCUACUCUUAGUGGGUUUUUGGAAUCUCCACUCAAAUAUCUGACGUCUCCAACCAAGAGCUUAAUCGAUACACCAGCUAAAAUGGCUCAAGCAGAAUUUCCAACAUGCGACUGUGUUGAACAAAUUAAUGAAAAGGAUGAAGGCCCGUACUAUACACAUCUGGGUUCUGGACCAACAGUGGCUUCUAUCAGAGAGCUAAUGGAAGAGCGGUUUGGAGAGAAAGGGGAGGCAAUUCGCAUUGAAAAGGUGAUCUAUACAGGAAAGGAAGGAAAGAGCUCAAGGGGCUGUCCUAUUGCGAAAUGGGUUAUUCGCCGGCAGAGUGAGGAUGAGAAAUUGAUGUGCCUGGUCCGGCAACGGGCAGGCCACCAUUGUGAAAAUGCAGUCAUCAUCAUCUUAAUUAUGGCAUGGGAGGGAAUUCCUCGCGCUCUGGGAGAUUCUCUGUACGAUGACAUCAGUGGGACGAUCACCAAGUAUGGAAAUCCAACAUCACGGAGAUGUGGCCUGAAUGAUGACCGAACCUGUGCAUGCCAAGGCAAGGACCCAAAUACCUGUGGUGCCUCUUUCUCCUUUGGGUGCUCAUGGAGCAUGUACUUUAAUGGUUGCAAAUAUGCUCGUAGUAAGACCCCCAGGAAGUUCCGACUCAUUGGAGACAAUCCCAAGGAGGAAGAAUUCCUGAAGGACAGCUUUCAGGAUCUAGCUACAAAGGUUGCUCCAGUAUACAAGAUGCUUGCUCCUCAGGCUUAUCAAAAUCAGGCUAAUAAUGAGGACGUUGCAAUAGACUGUCGGCUAGGUCUCGAGGAGGGACGUCCAUUCUCUGGGGUGACUGCAUGCAUGGAUUUCUGUGCCCAUGCUCACAAAGACCAGCACAAUCUAUAUAAUGGCUGCACUGUGGUCUGCACUCUGACUAAGGAGGAUAACCGUAUGAUUGGCAAGAUUGCAGAGGAUGAGCAGCUCCAUGUACUUCCACUCUACAAGGUUUCCACGACUGAUGAAUUUGGGAGCGAGGAGCGUCAACUUGAAAAAAUAAGGAAAGGAGGAAUCCAGGUGUUGAGCUCUUUUCCCCGGGAGGUGCGCAAGCUUUCAGAACCAGCAAAGUCUUGCAGGCAGCGACAGCUAGAUGCCAAGAAAGCCGCAGCCGAAAAGAAGAAACUCCAAAAGGAGAAACUGGUCUCUCCAGAUAAAACCAAGCAGGAGCCAUCAGACACAAAGACAUGCCAGCAAAACCCAGGUGUUCCUCAGCAGCAGACAAAGCCUUGUGUAAAAGUGGAGCCUUCCAAUCACUACAAUACCUUUAAGUACAAUGGAAAUGGAGUUGUGGAGAGCUACUCAGUGUUGGGCAGCUGCAGGCCGUCUGACCCUUACAGCAUGAACAGUGUUUACUCUUAUCAUUCUUUCUAUGCACAACCUAACCUGCCUUCCGUGAAUGGCUUUCAUUCAAAAUUUGCUCUUCCUCCCUUUGGAUUUUAUAGCUUUCCUAACAAUCCUGUGGUCCCCAACCAGUUCAUGAAUUAUGGUACAGGUGAUGCAAGAAACAGUGGAUGGAUGAAUAAUUCUUUUGAGAAAAAGCCAGAGCUUCAGUCAUUGGCAGAUGGAAUGAAUCAAAGUUAUGGGAGUGAGUUACCGGAGCAGAAUUACAGGAGAUCAAGUGAGGUACCACACCACUACAGCCUCCAGAAUUCCAACAGUCAAAAAUCAGUUGGGGUUCCCCACCGGACUACUCCUGCACCAAUGGAAACCACUCCAUUUUCUAAUGUUCCCUGUUAUAACAAAGUCAUUAAAAAGGAGCCAGUUUGUGAUCCUCUUGUAGAUCCUUUCCAGAGAUCAAAUAGUGUCCAUUCGCAGAGCCCAGGAGUAAAUCACUCCUUACAGACCAAUGAUCUGUCGUACAAAGCUAAUGGUGCUCUACCAUCAUCAGGAAGGACUAAUAAAGAAGGUCCUUGCAGUAUGUUUUUGCCCAGUGAUAAAAAUGGUCUAGAAAAGAGAGAUUAUUUUGGUGUUCACUCAAAUGUCCCUGGUCUGAAGGAGAAGCAGUGGACUCCCUAUGGAAUUGAUGUUCCAGUGGGACAACGUGAUUCACUUGACUCACAGUGUUCAGGAAAAGUAUGGAGCUCAUGCAAGCUAAGUGAUAGUCCAGCCGUCAUGCCAUCCACUGUACAGGAUAAGAACUGGACUGGUAGACAGGCCAGUCUUAAUCAGGGAGUGAAGGAGCCUAUGCCAUUCCAAGAAAAGCUCUGGAAUUCAGUUGCUGCCAGUGGCAGAUGCAGCACCACACCCAAUGACAGAAGUAGCGUCACCCCCUGUGCUGAGCUACAGGACAAGAACUGGAUGUCUUUUCCUAAUCCAGCAGUAAACUCUUUGAAGACUGACUCCAGCCAGAACCACUGGGAUCCCUAUAGUCUAGAUGAUAAUAUGGAUGAUGGCCAAUCAAAGAGUGUAAAAGAGGAGGAGGAUGAAGAGGAGAUCUGGUCUGAUAGUGAGCACAACUUUCUGGAUGGGAAUAUCGGAGGUGUGGCUGUAGCCCCAGGACAUGGCUCUAUCUUAAUUGAAUGUGCAAGGAGAGAGCUUCAUGCUACCACUCCUCUGAAAAAACCCAACAGAUGUCAUCCAACUCGAAUCUCUCUUGUAUUCUACCAACACAAGAACUUAAACCAACCUAACCAUGGACUGGCACUUUGGGAGGCCAAAAUGAAGCAGUUGGCAGAAAGGGCACGAGUAAAGGAGGAAGAGGCUGCCAAGCUAGGCAUCAAACAGGAAGUAAAAAGUUUGGGUAAAAAGAGGAAGUGGGGUGGUGCUGCCACUACAGAAACCCCACCAGUUGAGAAGAAAGACUUUAUCCCAACCCGACAGGCAGCUACUAGUUUAACAGAUUCUACUACCACUGCAUUCUCUUAUGCCUAUACCAAGGUUACGGGACCAUACAGUCGCUUCAUAUGAGAUUAAAAUAGCUACUCUUGUGGCAAUUGUACCUCAGCUAAUCCACAGCACUGUAAUACAUGGUGCUACUUUAUGGUGCUUUUCACUUGUGUGCUGCCCGGAAAUCCCGUGCACACCUCCCAGGACCUCUCAGCAAGAGAACUUUUACUGUAUCUUUUUUUUCUUUUUCAUUAAUCUUAAAAAGAUUUAUAUUUCUGCGUUUUUUUUUUUUUAAACAUGUUUUACACCAGAUGACGGGAAGAAAGCCGAGAAAAGAAAUCGCAGCAUCCCUUUAUGACACAAGCUCCCCACACUCAGAUUUUUAACAUUUGAACAUUUAUUUAUUCGAUGUUUUAAAAUAAUGGUGCAGAAUUUCUAGCUUUUUUUCAUUUUAAGCUAAACAAGAAUCAUGAUUGAUCACCAAAAAUAAACCUCAAAUGUAAUUCUGGAAACUUUGCAAAAAUAUCACCUGGCAGCAGGCUAGAUACAGUAUCCCUUUUGAAAUGAUCAUGUAAUAAUAAUAAUUGCAAAAGUCUGUUUUGACCACUUUUUAAGAAUUUUUUUAAAUGGUUGCAAAAUCUGCUACCCACAACUGCAAGAAUACAGAUGUUUUCUGGAAACGACGUGGUAGCGUACAGAUACCCUGAUUUAAAGCAAUAAUUUCUGUGAUUUUAAGAAGAUUUCUAAUUUAUUUGUUGUAAUACUCUUGUUUUAUAAUAGGUAUAAUAUCAGAUUCGUGUUUUUUGAGAUCAAAGUAAAUGAAAUCCUGAGUCCACAGUUUAUGCCACCGCUAGCAUCUGUAUUUUUAGCCCGUGUUUUGGUGCAGCAGAUUAAAAAAAAAAAGUUUUAAAAUGGAAUGACAAGGAAAAAAAGGGUUACUGUAUCGCCCAUCCAAUGAGAACUGUGAAUAUCUACCAUUGCUGUUGGGAAUUUGAUUAUUGGUUUAUAUGGUGCUGGCAGAAUUUGGGCAUUCUUUGUAAUAUUUAUCAACGGAAAUGCCACACAGACCAAAUAUCCUAGAUUUUCCUCCAAAUGCGACUUUCUUUAAACUUUGUUAGUAGUGAUUGUGAUUUUGAGUCCACUUAGUCACCCUACCCCCAUCUUUUGGGGUGAGUGUAUAGGGCAUUGGUGUGGGGGAGGGGGUAAUACUUUUUGGGUCAUAACCAUUAUGGCAAAACAGUGGUGCUGUAUGUAGGAUUACAACACAGGAUAUUUAAGAAAGAAAACAAGAAACUAAAUAAAAAAAAAAGGUAUUUUUUAAGUCCAUGGGCAAAAUAUUUAGAUUUUUUAAAGUAAUUUUAUCAGCAUUCACAAAAAGAGUGUCAGGUUGUGCCUCAGUAGGAGUAGGGUAUAAGGGUGAACUUAAAUAGACUUUAAGAAGAAAAGUAUUUCACAUCAGCACUGUUAACCACUCCAGCUGCAGAGGGGUUAAUUUCACAGAAUGUAAAUCUCUAGGUAAAAAAAGAGGCAGUUUUGUGUCUAGUAAUUUUACACUUCAGUUUCCUUAUAGAUUUUAAACGAGACGCACGGGAACGGAUUCCACGCGGUCCAAAUAUUUGAAACAGUCAGUUUGUAAAUAGCUUAUUUUUCUGUUUUAUAAUUUUAUUUUAAAGCACUUUUUUAUCCUGCUGCAAACAAUUGGAAUAGAUAAUGGGAGAAUGUAUAUAGCGGUAGAAUAUUUAACACAGUGUGUCCGUCCUACCAGUUACUAUAUCUGCAUUUAUAAUAUUUUUUUGGCAUUUCUUAGUUUUUGUAAAAUAGGGAAAAAAGUUGCUCUCAUAUUGGCAGGAGCAAGAGUUCGUAUCAUAGAAGAAUGAAGCUUAAAUCACACCAUGAACAGACUGUACCACAUUGUUGAAUGAUACAGAGAUACUUCUACAGUAGACAGUGCGAGUUAAAGAUCAAGUCACCAUAGUCAUUAACUCUACUGUCCAAAGUAUUACUCAAAAUUUGGGCUAUUAUAAUUAUUAGAGCAGGAGUUUUAUGUGAUUAUUUCUAAAGAGCCAUGACCCUUCUUGAUGUAGUCGAACCUCAGUAUUCAGACUGGCAAUGUCAUAUUCUGCUGUUUUUGACAUAAAUAAUUGAUUAUCCUACAGAUUGAAUCCAUGCCCUUGUGUAGCACAGUUCAGUUCUUCCAGACUCUUGCCCAUGUAGCAUGUUUGCCAGAGAACAAGGUAUAUCAUUCAAUGCAAGGGUUUGAAAAUAUGUAUGAGGGUGGUUAUAUCAUGAGUAAUGUUCUUUUUUAUAAAGAGUCCUGUAUUUUGGGAGAAGCCACUCGAUUAUUAGAAAGCAUUCCUGUUUUAAUGUAGUGUGCUGUACCAUUUGGAAAAAAAAAAACUACAGGUCCAAACC